AUGUGCGCUGCCGGAGUUCGACAGAAGCGGGCUUACAAAACACGCUGCUGUGGGCAAGAGUUCCACGCCGGUGACAAGGCCCCCCCCCCCCCAUUUCUUUGUCUUGCAGCGUAUAGCUGUAAGUGUGCUCCUGGUGCCCUGGUGCAGAUUGAUGUAGGUGUUGGACAAGUGUUCGGGGUCAACAAAGACGACAACAUCUACACAAGGUUUGGAUCGUCAUGGACACAGUUGCCAGGCAAACUGAAGCAUGUCACCGUAGGACCUGCUGGAGUCUGGGGAGUCAACAAAGAGAAUCACAUCUAUAAACUUGUUGGGGCUAACUGGGUGAAUGUACCUGGGCUCUUGAAGCAGAUUGAUGCUGGCGGAGACCAGUUUGUGGCAGGAGCCAAUCAUCACGAUGCCCCUUUCUGUCUUCCAAAGAAGAACACAGUUGGCUACAGUGGAAGUAAUAGUGCCAUGAACUGGCGCCACAUUCCUGGCGGCCUGAAGUACUACAGCUGUGGUCCUUAUAGCUGCUGGGGUGUUAACAGUAAGGAUCAAAUCUUUGUGAGGAAGGGGGUGAACUCCUUUAAUUGUCUGGGGGACGGCAGCUGGCAGCAUAUUCCUGGAGCCCUGUCUAUGAUCGAGGUGGGAAGUGACGGAUCUGUGUAUGGAGUGAAUUCUGCAGGACACGUGUACCGCAGGGAACAGACGUCUGCCUGUAAACCUGAAGGUAGUCAUUGGACCCACAUUCCUAUCUACGGCGGACAGGUGAAGCAUGUGUCCUUCGAUCUCGGCCAUCUCUGGUUCAUCCUGAAGAAUGAUACCAUCUACGACUGCACUGACCUCUGA